UCGUCGUCGGUAUUACCUUCGUCCGUGCUGAAAAAAUCUAGAUCCAGGCUAACAGUUGGAGAUGUACUUGAUUCUACGAUACCAUACUCCAUGGCAUGAGUACUUUCAAUGCUGCUGAGCUCAACAGAGUCAAAAAGAGGGGAGCUGCACUCGAACGCCAUAUACAUAGCUAGCUAAAACUUCUUUGCAUGUACUUCCCGUCCCGGCCACACCCAAGUAGGCCUAAAUUCAAGUCACGUGGCACAACACGUGGCAUGGCACUUUGCAUCUAACUAGCUAGCUAGCUACACAUACACAGCUCUGAUCUGUUGUCAUUUAAAGUCUAGCUAUGUCUGUCCGUGACCUGUGCAGAAAAACUGGUAAGCAAACAAAUAUAUGCUGUACAUGGCUUGCUUCGUAGCUAGAAUUACUGACCUAUGUCGGUCGUAUGAAAUUCUUGUGUUAUCACAAUAAUAUUUUAAUAAUUAUUGUAGAAGCAUUUUUCCUUGUUGACUGGGUGGGCGAAGACACUCACAGUGUUGUACCAUCCAAAGACAUCGAUGAAUGUGCUGAUGUUGGUGAACAAGUGAAGGUCAGGGUGGGACCAAAGCACUAUGAUGCCAUUGUACUUGGAAGAGGUACGAAAGUGGAGAUGGAGCAGCUAAUGGAGGAGAGGGAGAUUACAUCUGAAGUUGAGGACGGUGAUGUUGACCUACCUGACUUGCCUGACCUGCCUGACCUACCUGACCUACCUGACCGCAGUGACUCACCACAGUCACUGACCAUGCCUAGCCCCAACAAAAAGCAAAAAAAAGCUCCUAAAGCGCCCAAAACAAGUACUCCUAGACGUAAGAAGCCCCAGAAAAUAAAAAAGAAAACUCCAAUGGAGGACUGGAAGGUAGCAAAGACUGUUGCUUCAAAGGCCAAGAGUGCACAGAAAUCAGCAAGGGAAGAGGUGCAACUGAGUCCUACAGUUUCUGAUGAGGCUACAGCUCUCAAGAGUCAAUUCGAGAAAGAAGGAUUGAUUGUGCUACCUGCAACACCCACACAAACUAUCACAUCCACCCAACCAGUCGCUACUCAGAUCCAGCCAUCAACCACUACUCAGAUCCAGCCAUCAACCAUUACUCCCUUCCAGCCAUCAACCACUACUCCCUUCCAGCCAUCAACCACUACUCCCUUCCAGCCAUCAACCGCUACUCCAUUCCAGCCAUCAACACUUGCUCAGUUCCAGCCAUCAGCACUUGCUCAGUUCCAGUCAUCACCUGUAUUUAACACUUCACCUGGGCACAUUCCAAUUGGCGCAGUCUACGGGAAUUACAAUUCUCCUAACCACCCUUCCUCGGAAACAUCCUGGAGUGGUGGGAUGAAUUUGUCCAGACAUUCCUCUUUUACUGGUGAAGAUGCUAUGGAAUUGAGGAGGAGUUCAACACCUAGUUCCUCUUCAGGAGAUUAUCAGAAUCUUUGGGGUGAGAUACGUAAACUAAGAAAUCAGAUGGACCAAGUGAGAUCAGUGCUAAAGCUAAAGAAGAAGUUGAAGGCUAAAACAUCCAGUGAGUCUGAUUGUUAUCCUCCUACUCCCAGAGACUCACCCCUAGAGAUGGACACAAGUGGCACUAAAGCAGGAUGUUGGCUCGGUGAGAGAGGCACUGGCCAGAGCACAUUCAUAGAGAGCCUUUACCAGGAGGAUAUAGCUAGAGCAGAAAACGAUGGAACCACCCCUGCUAAACUAGCAGUAAACCUCCUCUGUGCUCUGUUUAGCCAGGAGGACAUCUCUACUGGUAAUUGUACCCAGCCUCGCAAACCUGGUAUUAUGCUGCUUGAUCAAAAGAAAAUGUGUGGAAUAAGAUAUCAUGUGAACUACCGAUUUCCAUGUGCAAAGCAGGACGAACCAAAAAGAUGGAAUAAUUUGCUUACCAAGAAUUUAAAUGCGAAAUGUCGAUCCAAAAGACUUCCCCAGGACUCUUGAAGCAUUGACAUGAUCACUUUUGUGCAUG